GGGUGGCCCGUCAACGCACGGGACUCCUCCCCAGCCCGGCCGGGUUGAAAGUUGAACAGCUUCUUCUUCUUCUCGAUUGUUUGUGGACCAACUCCACGUUAUACAGCAAGCAAGGCUUUGGAAACGCCAAAAGUCGCCUCUCUCCUUCUCCGUUCAAAGCAAUCUUCCUCCUCCUUUUUCCCCUUCCUUGAUCUCCAAACAGAACUACUCCCAGCUCAUCAACUCGAUCAGCAGCACCAAGUCGAUCGAAUUCGAUCUCGUACCCGAUCAGAAGCUCGUCAUGGCGCCGUCGAUCUCGGCGCUGGCCAAGUACAAGCUGGUCUUCCUCGGCGACCAGUCGGUGGGCAAGACCGCCAUCAUCACCCGCUUCAUGUACGACAAGUUCGACGCUACAUACCAGGCGACCAUCGGGAUCGAUUUCCUCUCCAAGACGAUGUACCUCGAGGACCGCACCGUUCGCCUGCAGCUAUGGGACACAGCUGGACAGGAGAGGUUCAGGAGUCUGAUUCCAAGCUACAUUAGAGACUCUUCUGUAGCGGUGAUAGUUUAUGAUGUAACUGACAAGCAAUCAUUUCUGCAUACAUCGAAGUGGAUCGAUGAUGUAAACACGGAAAGAGGUGGCGACGUGCUCAUCAUCCUCGUGGGGAAUAAAACAGACCUCGUUGACCAGAGGCAAGUGUCCACAGACGAAGGGGAAGCCAAGGCGAAGGAGCACGGCGUCAUGUUCAUCGAGACCAGCGCCAAGGCCGGCUUCAACGUCAAGGCGCUGUUCCGCACAAUCGCCACGUCCCUGCCCGGAAUGGAAGCUCUGUCGUCGGCGAAGCAGGAAGACAUGGUGGACAUCAACCUCAGGCCUGCCUCCGGACCAGCAGGUUCUCGCGCGGCUGCGGGGCAGCAGGAGCAGAAAGCAGGCGGAUGUGCUUGCUGAGACCUCCGUGUUCUUCAGGGAAGCGGUUGACUUGACCAGGAAUCCAGGAUUGCAGCAGCAUAUACUAGUACUGAGUAAUUUUGGGGAUAACUUUCGCGGGGUUUUUUUGGUUCCAGGGGAGAUGUCAUGGUAUGUAGGGUACUACUACAACAUUGUAUUUAUUUAUUUUCAAAACAGAGAUGCAAAAUUUUGUGACGAAUGAGAAAAAAAAUUCGCCGUUGCCGAGGAUCGAACCCGGGUCACCCGCGUGACAGGCGGGAAUACUUACCACUAUACUACAACGACUUGGUUGUUGCUACUUUUGGAUACGUUGUAUAAUCGUUUGAGUCACGAGGUUCUGCAAAAUGCAAGGGUGCUAACCUUUGGGUGCUUUCAGCCAUGGAUGCUUCCGUUAGUGCCAUGUUUCUGCAUUGAAAUUCAGACUCUACAGUUACCUUGGUA